AUUGGUAUUGACGAAUGAAAAUUGUUAAUUCAUUGCGCUGCGGUGAUUGUUGAAGCUAUAAAUUGUUGGUAACUUGCUUUAUAGUAUUAAAAUCAUAAUAUUUGAAUAUAAGUUAACAAUAUUUACUCACUAUGAAUAUCACUUCGGCCGCGGGGAUUAUAUCCCUGCUAGAUGAGCCAAUGCACGAAGUAAAAGAAUUUGCCCUCAAGAGACUGGACAACCUGGUUGAUGAGUUCUGGCCAGAAAUUUCCGAAUCAAUUGAGAAAAUUGAGAUCCUACAUGAAGAUAAAGUUUUUUCGCAACACCAGCUGGCAGCGUUAGUAGCAAGUAAGGUUUAUUACCAUCUUGGAGCUUUUGAGGACUCACUUACUUACGCGCUCGGUGCAGGAGACCUAUUUGAUGUCAAUGCAAGAAACGAAUAUGUUGAUACGACCAUUGCGAAAGCGAUCGACUUCUACACUCAAAAGCGUAAAGCUUUGUUUAUAGACAAUGCAGCUGAAACUAUUGAUCCAAGACUGGAAGCAAUCGUGAAUCGUAUGUUUCUUAGAUGCUUAGACGAUGGACAAUACCGACAGGCACUUGGACUCGCUUUAGAAACUAGGAGAAUGGACAUCUUUGAGCAGUCAAUCAUGAAAUCUGAUGAUGUAGCAGGAAUGCUUCAGUAUGCCUUUACUGUUGCAAUGAGUCUUCUCCAGAAUCGUGGUUUUCGCAGUACAGUUUUGAGAUCUUUGGUCGGACUGUAUAGAGGACUAAAUAUACCAGAUUAUGUCAACAUGUGCCAGUGUCUUAUCUUUCUCGAAGACCCUCUUUCAGUUGCCGAAAUACUCGACAAACUCACUAAUGGCCCUCAAGAGUCUGUCCUGAUGGCCUAUCAAAUUGCCUUUGAUUUAUAUGAUUCAGCCACCCAACAGUUUCUAGGAAGAGUAUUGCAGGCACUUAGAGUGACUGCACCAAUUCCUAGUGCAUUAGGAGGAAAACCACAGCCUCAAGGUGGUCCGUUCCCUGAGUCGUCCAUGGAGGUCGAUCAAACACCCACAGAAGAAACAAAACCAGAAAGAAACAUUGAAAGUCUGAAUGAUGAAGAAAAAGAACACCAGAGAAGGGUGGAGAAAUUAAUAUCUAUACUGGGUGGAGAUGUAUCAAUAGGCCUACAAUUACAGUUCUUAAUACGGUCGAAUCACGCAGAUAUGCUUGUACUGAAAAAUACAAAGGAUGCAAUUAGAGUAUCGAUUUGUCAUACAGCAACUGUUAUAGCUAAUGCAUUUAUGCAUGCAGGAACCACCAGUGAUCAGUUCUUAAGGGAUAACUUAGAAUGGCUUGCCAGAGCCACAAAUUGGGCUAAAUUGACAGUCACAGCCUCUCUAGGUGUGAUACAUCGGGGCCAUGAAGGCGAAUCUUUAGCUCUCAUGCAAUCAUAUUUACCUAAGGAAGCAGGACCUUCAUCAGGCUAUUCUGAGGGAGGUGGUCUGUAUGCAUUGGGACUUAUUCACGCUAACCAUGGUGCAAAUAUCAUUGACUAUCUUUUAACACAAUUAAAAGAUGCCCAAAAUGAAAUGGUUCGCCAUGGUGGGUGUCUGGGGCUAGGCUUAGCAGCUAUGGGUACUCAUAGGCAAGAUGUUUAUGAGCAACUGAAAUUUAAUCUAUAUCAAGAUGAUGCAGUGACUGGUGAAGCAGCUGGUAUAGCUAUGGGGAUGGUGAUGUUAGGUUCAAGGCAUGCUGCUGCCAUAGAAGAUAUGGUGGCAUAUGCACAGGAGACUCAGCAUGAAAAGAUAUUACGUGGCUUAGCUAUUGGCAUAUCAUUUACAAUGUAUGGACGUCUUGAGGAAGCUGAUGCUCUUGUGCAGCAGCUACUUCGUGAUAAGGAUCCUCUAUUGCGCCGAGCUGGGUGCUAUACAAUAGCUACAGCAUACUGUGGAACUGGAAAUAACGACUCGAUCCGUACGUUACUUCAUGUGGCUGUAUCUGAUGUCAAUGAUGACGUAAGAAGAGCAGCAGUAACAGCUUUAGGGUUCCUGUUGUUCAGGACACCAGAACAAUGUCCAUCUGUUGUGUCACUUUUAGCAGAAUCUUAUAAUCCUCAUGUACGUUAUGGAGCUGCUAUGGCUUUAGGAAUUGCUUGUGCUGGGACAGGAAACCGUGAGGCCAUUGGUCUUUUAGAACCCAUGGUAAAAUUUGACCCUGUCAACUUUGUACGUCAAGGGGCGCUGAUCGCCUCUGCUAUGAUUCUCAUACAGCAGACUGAGGUUCUUUGCCCUAAAGUUACUUACUUCCGUCAGCUGUAUGCACAGGUUAUUUCCAAUAAGCAUGAAGACGUAAUGGCUAAAUUUGGUGCAAUCCUUGCUCAAGGAAUUAUCGAUGCAGGUGGCCGAAAUGUGACAGUCUCUCUACAGAACCGAACUGGACAUAUGAAUAUGCUUGCUGUUGUUGGAAUGCUAGUUUUUACUCAGUACUGGUAUUGGUUCCCAUUGGCACACUGCCUUUCCCUGGCAUUCACUCCAACGUGUAUCAUAGCACUGAAUUCAGAUUUGAAAAUGCCUCAACUUGAAUUUAAGUCCAACGCAAAGCCCUCGCUUUACGCCUAUCCUGCGCCAUUGGAAGAAAAAAAGCGCGAAGAAAGAGAAAGAGUGACCACUGCUGUUUUGAGUAUUGCUGCUGCUAGAGCAAGGAGGCGCGCGCAUGGGACGGAUGGUUCUUCUAGCCUUACAUCAUCAUCAAAUUCUAAGAUGGAUGUUGAUGAAGAUGAGAAGAAACAGUCAAAAUCUCCGAAUCCGAAUAUAACAGUGCAUGGAAAAUCUGAGAAAGAAGCUACAACAUCUAAAGAUGCUACAACAUCUAAAGAUGCUACAACAUCUAAAGAUGCUACAUUAUCUAAAGAUGCUACAUCAUCUAAAGAUGCUAAGAAAGAAGAAAAGGAGACGGAAGAGAAAGAGUCCGAGAAGAAAAAGGAACCUGAGCCUAAUUUUGAAAUCUUGAGUAACCCUGCAAGAAUAAUGCGGCAACAAUUAAAAGGUAUUUCCGUUGUUGAUGGCUCUGGCUACACGCCCCUGAAAGAUGUAACUAUUGGGGGUAUUGUUAUGCUGAAUCAUUCUGGCGAUGGUGAACAAGCACUGGUUGAACCUGUAGCUGCAUUUGGACCUAAAACAGAAGAAGAGAAAGAACCUGAACCUCCAGAACCUUUUGAAUAUCUGGAUGAUUAAUUAUUCUUCACAUAUUCAUAAUCAUUUGUCUAACAGUAAGGUACAAUUUGAUAAAUAUAUAGUUCUGUACUAACUGAAUAAUGAAACUUAAACAAUAAAAAAUUAAUAUUA